AGGUGCCUAAGUGUCUGUGCUUCUAAGUUGCAGCCCAAGGGCAAUAGUACUGUAUCCUCUAACCUGUUAUACUGGUUCAGUGUGCAUGUUUACUUUCUGUGGUGGGAAAAAUAUCUCUGCAUUCAUCAACCUCAGCCAUGCCUGUGAGUGCCUUGAAAUCAUUCUAAAACCUCAAAGAGGACUAACCAGUUUGCAACUCUUCCUUUUCGGCCUCUAGAACUUUAACAGCAUUCUCAAUUAAGGAAAUGCAAGAAACUCUUAUUUAAUCCAUCAGUGUUGCAGUCGAAAGGUCUACAAUAGCCCUUAAUGGGAGGUGCUAACAGUUGAAGACCUGAGGCAUUUUGGAGUUGAAAUGUAGAUACUGAAGUAACAGGGCAUUUUGGAGUUGAAACUACCAGGUGCUCUGCUGGAGAGGUCUCAUAGACCUAAGAAUAAAAUCAAGCACUUUUGGAGCAAAUAACAUUGCAGAGAAUGUCAAGGCCUGAAAUCCCAGGUAAAAAGAUGGCCUAUCAGAAAGUCCAUGCAGAUCAAAGAGCUUCAGGACACUCACAGUACUUAGACAAUGAUGACCUUCAAGCCACUGCACUUGACCUGGAGUGGGACAUGGAGAAGGAAUUGGAGGAGCCUGGUUUUGAUCAAUUCCAUCUGGAGGGUGCUGAGAAUCAGAACCUGGGGCACUCAGAGACUGAGGACCUUAAUCUUGAUUCCAUUCAACCAGCAACUUCACCCAAAGGAAGGUUCCAGAGACUACAAGAAGAGUCUGACUACAUUACCAGUUAUACAAGAUCUGCACCAAAGAGCAACCGCUGCAACUUUUGCCGCCUUUUGAAAAUACUUUGCACAGCAACCAUUUUAUUUAUUUUUGGAGUCUUGAUAGGUUAUUAUACUCAUAAAAAUUGCCCUUCAAAUGCUACAUCUUCAGGAACAGAUGAUCCUCUUCUAUACCAAGAGAUUCUCAAGGCAAUUCAAGCAGAAAAUAUUAAGAAGAUGUUCAGAAAUCUGGUCCAACUGUAUAAAAGUGAAGAUGACACAGAAAUUUCAAAGAAGCUUAAGACUCAGUGGACUUCUUUGGGCCUAGAAGACAUACAGCUUGUAAAUUACUCUGUGCUGCUUAAUCUGCCAGGCCCUUCUCCUAGCACCGUAACUCUGAGGAGCAGCGGCCAAUGCUUUCAUCCUAAUGGCCAGCCAUGUGGCGAAGACGCCAGAAAAGAUAGCAGCCAAGAUCCGCUCUACUCAUACGCAGCCUAUUCUGCCAAAGGAACUCUUGAGGCUGAAGUCAUUGAUGUGAGUUAUGGAACUGCAGAUGACUUAAAAAGGAUUAAGAAAAUGAAAAACACAACAAGUCAGAUUGCACUCCUGAAAUUAGGAAAAUUGCCACUACUAUAUAAGCUCUCGUUACUGGAAAAAGCUGGAUUUGGAGGUGUUCUUCUGUAUAUUGAUCCUUGUGAUUUACCAAAGACGGAAAAUCUUAGCUAUGAAACCUUCAUGGUGUCGCUGAAUCCAGGAGGAGAUCCUUCUACGCCUGGUUAUCCUAGUGUGGGUGGAAGCUUUAGACAAAACCGAUCAAACCUCACCUCUCUACUUGUACAGCCCGUCUCUGCAUCUCUCAUUGCAAAACUCAUCUCUUCGCCAGAGCAGAGAACCCAAAAUGAUGUCUGCAGGCCUCUCAAACUUCCAAGUGAUGGUAAAGUAUUGAAUGUAUUUCUGUGUGUCCUAUAGUUUUUGUAAGGAUGGAGAUUAUUCUCAGUUACUUAAAUUGACAUAUUUAGGAUUAUUCUUUUGAAAAAUAUUCACUUUUAAUUAGGUGAGCAUUUAAUUCUCUCCUGUGACCCUUUAAGGAACACUUUUGGAAGGUAAUUUUGAUGAAGAGUGGGAGUUGACAAAACUGAGAGAAUAGUGAAGGAAGAAAAAAAAAAACAUUCUGGAAUGAUACAGAGAAAAGUAGCUUUACAAAUAAAAUAUUUUGUACAUUCAUGAAAGCCUGCUUAACAUAGCUUCCCAGGUUCAGCUUCAGCAGUCUCGUUGCCUGCCAAGAUUCAGUGGAUAGAAGUCAGCUAUCUGGGGUACGAAGUCUUUUAGUAUAAAGCAUUAAAGCCUAAUUCCUGCAAUUGACUAAAAAAUCCCCCUGGCUUUAUGCACCAAUGCCCGAGAGAUGCUUCUGGUAAGGCAGUGCAGUUUGUCAGGCCUUGUUGGACCAUGUAGGAUAAAACUGAAGUAGUUAAGCUACCUGUGGCAGGAUGAAAGCCAUGGGCUGCAUCUUAUUUCUGCCUCCAGCCUCAGCAUUAGAGUUCUAAAGAAGAGAUCCUCUUUACAUAUGGUUAAAUUUGUAUCUGGUUGCUGUGAAGUACAGCUUGAGGGCUCUGUUUUUGUGUCCAGACCUGGGGCUCAGCUUCCCAUGUUUUAUCUCAGCUUGUCUUUCUCUUGACAACAAAAGCAUUACAAACACAUAUUUUGAUGAAGCCAAGAAAAAAAGAAAUAUCUGAAUAAGUUCAGGAUUGCCUUCUGUUAGAGAGGAUGUAGGCACAGUAUGCUUUCCAAAACUGUGUAGACUGAGAGCCUUCCAAACUGCUCAUCGAUUGAGGACCCACCCAUUGCCAUCAAGUUGAUUAUGACUCAUAGUGAUCCUAUAGGAUAGAGUAGAACUACCCCAUAGGGUUUCCAAGGAGUACCUGUUGGAUUUGAGCUGCCAACCUUUUGGUUAGCCGUAGCACUUAACCAC